CUAGUGCUGAAGCUAGAGAAUAAAAAUGACAACUUUCAUGGCUUCAAGACGAUUCCGUCCACCUCUUUUACUCCGUCGUUUGAUAAACCUUAAACCCUUUUCUUCUUCACAGUCUCGAUUGCCCAAUCCACCUUGUUAUCAACGUCGAAACAUUUCCGAUUCCACUAAUGAAGUCACCUCAGAGCUACAAUAUCCACAUACAACCUCUGCAACGGUCCACUCACCUUCGAUUCCAAUCAUAAAUACUGAGAAUCAAGGCGAUGAUGAUGUGGACGACGCUCGUGUAAUCCAAGUGCUUCUAGGUCGUAGGAACGACCCUGUCUCGGCUCUUCAGUAUUGUAAUUGGGCCAAGCCUUUACCUCGUCUUUACGAGGAAGGUGGAGAUGUCUUCUGGGUACUCGUUCAUAUCUUAUUUACUUCUCCUCACACGCACGAUCGCGCCAGCAAUUUGCUCGUUAUGUUCGUUUCUAGCAGCAACCCAACUGUAACUCCAAGCGUCAUGGUUAACAAUUUGGUUGAUUCGUCUAAAAGGUUUGGUUUUGAAGAACUAAGCUCACGAGCUUUCAAUUACUUGUUGAACGCUUAUGUUAGAACUAGGCGAAUGGACUAUGCUGUAGAUUGUUUUGAUUUGAUGGUGGAACGAAAUGUGGUUCCUUUUGUGCCGUAUGUGAACAACGUUUUAAGAUCUUUAGUUCGGAGUAAUCUGAUUGAUGAGGCUAAGGAGGUUUAUAAUAAGAUGGUUUUGAUUGGUGUUGGUGGUGAUAAUGUCACGACUCAGCUUUUGAUGCGAGCUAGUUUGAGAGAACGAAAGCCCGAAGAGGCUGUGAGAAUUUUCAGGAGAGUGAUGAGUAGAGGAGCAGAAGCAGAUGGGCUGUUGUAUAGUUUUGCUGUUCAAGCUGCUUGUAAGAUGCCUGAUUUGGUUUUGGCGAUGGAUUUGGUGAGGGAAAUGAGCGAGAAGUUAGGUGUCCCUGCCUCUCAGGAAACGUAUACUAGUGUGAUUGUGGCUUGUGUGAAGGAAGGUAAGAUGGAGGAGGCCGUGAGGGUUACGGAUGAGAUGGUUGGUUUUGGGAUACCUAUGAGUGUUAUUGCUGCAACGAGUUUGAUUACUGGAUAUUGCAAGGGGAAUGAGUUGGGUAAGGCUUUGGAAUUUUUUAAUAGAAUGGAGGAGGAAGGGCUGGCUCCGGACAAAGUUAUGUUUUCGGUUAUGAUUGAAUGGUUCUGUAAGACUAUGGAUAUGGAGAAAGCUGUUGAGAUUUACAAACGGAUGAAAUCUGUAGGGAUUGCUCCUUCAUCUGUUCUUGUCCACACAAUGAUCCAAGGGUUUUUGAAAGCCGAGUUACCAGAAGCAGCGCUAGAGAUUUUCAGUGACAGUUUUGAAACCUGGACUGCGCACGGUUUCAUGUGUAACAAGAUUUUUCUAUUGUUAUGCAAGCAAGGUAAGGUUGAUGCUGCGACGAGCUUCUUGAGGAUGAUGGAAGAUAAAGGGAUUGAGCCGAAUGUUGUUUUUUACAAUAACUUGAUGCUUGCUCAUUGCAGGAUGAAAAACAUGGACUUGGCUUCUUCAAUUUUCUCAGAGAUGCUGGAAAAGGGUUUAAAGCCUAAUAACUUCACUUACUCCAUCUUAAUUGAUGGAUUUUUCAAGAAUCAGGAUGUACAGAGUGCUUGGGAUGUGAUCAAUCAGAUGAAUGCUUCCAAUUUCGAGGCUAACGAAGUCAUAUAUAAUACAUUCAUCAAUGGUUUGUGCAAAGUUGGUCAGACAUCUAAAGCAAAAGAGAUGUUGCAAAGUUUGGUCAAAGAAGAGCGAUGUUCAAGGAGUUGCACGAGUUACAAUAGCAUCAUAGAUGGAUUUGUCAAAGAAGGUGAAACCGAUUCUGCUGUAGAAACGUACAGAGAGAUGAGUGGAAACGGUAUAUCCCCAAAUGUUGUAACCUUCACCAGCUUGAUCAAUGGAUUCUGCAAAAGUAACAGAAUGGAUCUAGCUCUUGAAAUGAUACAUGAAAUGAAAAGCAAGGAUUUGAAACUUGAUGUUCCAGCCUACGGUGCACUAAUAGACGGGUUCUGUAAAAAGCAUGACAUGAAAACCGCAUAUACUCUCUUCUCUGAACUCAUGGGACUAGGAUUGAUACCAAAUGUGUCUGUCUACAAUAGUUUGAUUUCAGGAUUCCGUAAUCUGGGAAAGAUGGAUGCAGCAAUUGACCUGUACAAGAAAAUGGUGAAUGAUGGGAUAAGUUGUGAUCUGUUUACAUAUACAACGCUGAUCGAUGGGUUGUUAAAAGGCGGAAAUCUAAUCGCCGCAUCUGAUUUGUACUCAGAGUUGGUUGCUUUGGGGAUUGUCCCUGAUGAAAUCUUGCACAUGGUACUUGUCAACGGUCUUAGUAAGAAGGGACAGUUUGUGAGAGCAAGCAAGUUGUUAGAGGAGAUGAAGAAGAAAAAUAUGACUCCAAAUGUGUUAAUUUACAGCACUGUUAUUGCAGGACACCAUAGAGAAGGAAAUCUCAAUGAGGCUUUUAGACUUCAUGAAGAGAUGCUUGAGAAAGGUUUAGUACAUGAUGAUACUGUAUUGAAUUUACUCGUGAGUGGAAAAGUUCAGAAACCUCUUGCUAGCUGCAGCCAAGAUUAAUAAUAUAUUGGCUUCUUCCUCAGACGAGAUCUAGCCACUAAAAAUCCUUUUGAUCGUUGGAAGACAUACAAGAUCUUCCUAACUCUUUUGGGUAAAAUGCUGUACGGGAGCAGGAUUUUGUAGUGCUAUUAAGUGAAGCGAAUGCAGGAAUAUGCUUACAGGUGGUUUCAAGUUGAUCAAGGUCUUCCAGUGUUAAGAGUGUGGCAAGUCAAAGCAAAAGCGUUAUGCAAAUUGCUGUCGUGCAUUUGAUCAAAUUCUCCAUGUAAAUCUUCCUCAAGCAGUUACCGACUGUAAUUCACAAACAUGUUUCUUUAGAGUGUCUUGUGUAAAUAUAUAUAAAGGAGGGAGGGGGAGAGAAUCUCCUGAGGAUGUUAGAACAGUUAAAUCAGUUUUGAAGAUUCUGAUACUAUUUCAUUAUCCUAUGAACAGUUAAAUCAGUUUUGAAGAUUCUGAUACUAUUUCAUUAUCCUAUGAACAGUUAAAUCAGUUUUGAAGAUUCUGAUACUAUUUCAUUAUCCUAUGAACAGUUAAAUCAGUUUUGAAGAUUCUGAUAC